CUUCCGUUCGUUUUGGAAGGCGAAUAGAAAUUCUUCAUAUCAGUGCUCAGUCGAAUCUCUAAGCAAGGGUUCGAUCUUUCCUUAAGUUUUCUCUAAGCACUGCUUCUACAAAAACACAGGAGGAAAUCAAUAAGGUUAGGGAGGAUGGACGCAUCAACACCGAUAUCAAUUACGAUGAUUCUAGAUUCACUUCUUCUGAUUCAGAUGGUCCUUACAGAUGCAGCUUCUUCAAUUGGGGAUUCUGAUGGGGUUAAUUUCAACUACGAAAGAGAUUUAAUAGAGAUUAGUGAUUCUAUGCUUUCUGAUCACAACAAGCAUCAGAAUCUAAUUCCGAUCUUAUCUCGUCCAGCGCUCAAAAUUUUGAAUCUAGUUUUCAGUCCUUAAUGUCGACUCUAUUGAAGACUCAAAACUUUCGAUCAACACAAAGAAAAUGAAAUCGAGAUGCAGUUUCCGUCUAUCAAAUCAAAUCUGUGAGGCGGAAUUAUCAAGGUUGUUCCAGUAGGGAUGACUCGGUGGAUCGUUAAGCUAACCCGGAUGACUCAGUCCAGGAAAGAAGAACUCAAAAAGAAGGUCUAAGAAGAAAACGCCUCCUCCAUUGCCCAUACCUCCAUUACAAGCCCCUUUACCACCUGGAAGUAAGCUAAAUUGCAUCAAAUAUCAAGCUCCUCGACCAGUUAAGAUCAUAAGUAGUGUUGUUCUUGAAGUUGGGUCUUUUGAGUAUUUUGUAAUCUACGUCAAUCCCAAUGGUAAGACUCCUUCUCCACUUCUUGAAUUUUAGAAUUUUAAUGGGUAUUGAUAAUUGUGAUGGGGUUCUUGAAAGGAUUUACUCCUUCUCCACUUCUUGAAUUGUAUAGUUUUAAUGGGUAUUGAUAAUUGUGAUGGGGUUCUUGAAUUGAUUUACUCCUUCUCCACUUCUUGAAUUUUAGAGUUUUAAUGGAUAUUGAUAAUUGUGAUGGGUUUCUUGAAUGGAUUUCUUGAAUUUUAGAAUUUUAACGGGUAUUGAUAAUUGGGAUGGGGCUCUUGAAACACUCUUUAUGUGUUUAUAGUUAAGUUUCUGUAUAAGCUUAUGAUUGGGAGGGUUGUACAGUUGGGUUUCAAGGAAAUGGAUUUUGAUAUUGGGAAUUAGAGGGGUUCUUGAAAGGCUGUUAGCUGGUAUGAUUGGGAGUUUUUUUGUUUGAGAUUGGUUGUCAAAUUAAAAUGGUAUACAUCUGGAAACAAAUCUUUUUAGUUGGUAUGAUUAUGAGUUUGUUUCCUUUAUCAGCUUUCUUCUGCUCUAUUGUAAUAUAAUGCCUACAAGAAACAAAAUGUGGGGGAGAUAUGAUUAUAGGCAUACCAGUUAUCAGUUUCGUAUAAGCCUAUGUUCGUGAUGCCUGCAUUUUCUGUAGUAAUAGACUCUCCCAAGCUUGAUACGCACACUGCAAACUUUGAUAUCGAGCAUUCCAGAUUAUGAUAUGCUUGUACCAAGGAACAUGUUCUUUCCUACAUAUUUGAUGAUGUUCAAGAGUCGUGAUUUUAGGGUUCUUGCCAAGAAAAUAAUCUUACUGAUGCAUGUGAUUUUGCUAUGUUUAUGCUGUUUUCGUUCUUUUCAGUAAAAACUACGAUUGUUGCUUACUAUGACGUCUAUUUGCAUCUGUUUUGCAUACCAUCUGUUACAGCUCAUAGGAGGACUGAUGAGUGGGUUCAGCUUGCACAACUAGAUAUAGAGACUUUAAUGCCAAAUGUUGAAGCUGUUACACCUGAAGAGCUAUUUCGAGUAAGAACAGUGGACUUCAUACAGCUGCAUAGAAAUGAGAUUAAGACAUGGUACCCCUCACCAGUCAUGUCUGAAUUCAAGGAUUGUAUAAAGCUCCAUGUUUGUGAGUGUUGCCUUGCGUUUACGAACUUUAAAACUCAGCUCAAAAGGCAUAAGAAAGAAUGUCAAGGUAGAGACCCCCCUGGCCACGAGAUUUAUAUAGAUGGACAGUUAUCAGUUUUUCAGAUAGAUGGAGCUGAAAAUAAGGGUUACUAUGAUAAUCUUUGCCAUCUGGGUAGCAUGUUCCUUGAUAUUGGGAUUAGUUCUGAAACAAUUGAAAGCUCCAUGUUCUAUGUCCUAGUUGUCCGCGAUGAUUUAGGCUACGAUCUGAUAGCAUAUUUUUCUGAGGUAAAAGAAAUGAUGGAACCUUACGGUAGUUCUAGGUUUUUAUGUCUUCCACCUCAUCAAAGACGCGGUUAUGCAACUUUACUUGUUAGACUCGCAUGUGAGCUCAAAAGGGGGGAAGAUGCGGGUGCGCUUUCGUAUUAUAGCAAGUUCUUGAAAUGGAUUCACUGGAGAGCAGCGAAACCCCUCCCUGGACAAUCUUAUGAGGAAUUCAUCCCCUUUUUUUAGCCCUUUGCACUCAGCUUGCUCAGCACUGUCUGCUUCUGUUAGGUAGAUGCAUUUUGAUCCUUUGUGAGUCCCUGCAAAAUUACUUAGGAUUAGACCUAUGCCACCAGAUUUAGAUAUAUCAUGAUACGAACCGUCAGAAUUUAUAGUAAAAGCACCCCUAGGUGGAGGCUGGCAAUGAAUAUUAUUCCAAUUUUGUCUAGCUACUGGCCUAGGAACAGAAACAGUCAGUUAUAUGUACUUCCUGCAAUUGUGAGUGGUCACAGUUUGUGAUUUGACGAUUUGUUAUAUAGUAUCACAUCUGCUUGACCAGAUGCACCAAGCCACUAUGACUCUUUUAAUUAGAGUCUCUUCAGUAAGCUGAUUCAACUUCAGAUUAUCAAACCAGCCACAGAUAGAGUCUUUAAGAUUAAGACUGCAUGAUGGCUGCCAACCAAUAGUUGCACUCCGAACCGCUGUUUGAGAAAUUAUGCUGUAAGAUGACAUGUGAAGCUGUUUCUGGAUGUUGAGAGCAGAAAGGACACGAAGCAUCCAGAUUAGGAAUAAAGUCUGCUAGUUUAUUUCUUGUUGGUAAACUUUUUUCUCGAUAUACUUCCAUAAGAAUUGCCUGAUUCUUGUCAGGAUUGGGAGCUUCCAUAGUCUCUUGAAAAUCUGUUGCAUUCUUCAACCAACUGAGUUAUAUUCAUGUUUUUUCUCAUAUCAUUUUAUGUGGUGUUUUAUGUAGUGGGUUUGAUAUUUCAUAUCCUUUUUGAGCACGACCUCAGUAGACAGAUGACAAUACCAACUGAAGAUAAUCGAACCACACUACAGGAGCUGAAGAGACUUGAGAGAGAACAACUUAAGUUCACCUAUCAUUUCAGUCUAUUCACUGGGAUCCAGGAUGUUUUGCAGACAGGCAUUGAACUUCGCAAUACCGAGAACCUGGAUGUCCUGAGUUUGAUGUGGAUAAGGUGAUGUGGCCUCAUCAUCAAGGAAGGACGAAAGCUCUUUUGUUACUGUUUCUGUCUUUCCAGAACUAGAACAGAGCUGUAGAGCAAUGCCUCAGUUUUCUGUUUGACUGAAAGCAUUCUCUGAAUUUUAUAUACAGUGAUGUAUGCUUUGUCAGACUACAAUAGAAUAUGUAUUGAAAUCUUCUUUAU